AUGACAAAAGUAUAUACCAUUGGAGUAAGUGGUCCUUCGUGUUCAGGAAAGACAACAUUGUCUCAAAUUCUGUUUAGCAUUCUUCCCAAUUGCGUUGUCAUUUGUCAAGAUGAAUUCUUCAAGCCUGACAACCAGAUUCCUAUCGAUCAGACAACCGGGCUUGCCAAUUGGGAUUGUCCAGACGCCAUUGACUUUAAAGCUUUAACAAGGACUAUUAGUCAUGUCCGUACAAAUAAUGGACAGCUCCCUGAAUGGUACCAAUCCAAGGCUAUAAAAAACGAUCACGAUAAGCGACAAAUUUUGCCGAGACAAGUAACACAGCAACUUGAUCCAUGGCUGAAACAUAUUCAACCGGAUAUUAUGUUUCUUAUUGUGGAAGGCUUUAUGCUCUAUCAAGACAAGGAUCUUUCAAACGAAAUCGAUCGCAAGAUUUUUAUCACGGCCUCAUAUGAAAUGCUAAAGACAAGAAGAGAGACUAGAACGGGAUAUGCCACUAAGCUAGGUACUUGGGUGGAUCCACUAGGAUAUUUUGAUGAUAUUGUGUGGCCACAGUACGUCAAGUGGAACAAGCAAUUUUUUGUAGAUGAUUCUUGCUCAAUUGUGAGACAAGAUGUGGCUCACUCAAUGCUAGUACUUAACACAGACGUCUCUAGUAUCGAACAGACCUCAUCAAAGGCACUCGAUUACUUGCAGACACAGUUCAAGUGA